AUGUCAUCUUCUUCAUCAACAACACCACUUCUUCCUCCACCGAGCAUUAGACAGAUUUGGGGUGUCAACGCCAAAGAGGAGUUUUACUUGAUCGAGAAUGAUGAACAUCCAUAUGUAUCUAUUGAUACUGAGUUUCCUGGAUGCAUCAUUAAGGGUAGCGUAUUAGCUGAUCUCUUAGUUAGCUCCGGCGUUGCAGGUCGAGAAAAUAAAGUGAAGGCUUAUGUUCUGUUUCAAGGAGCUUACGACCUGGGUUAUUUGGUGAAAUUACUAUCCGCAACUGAGUUACCUUCUACCUUGAAUGAUUUUCUCCUUGAGUUGAAAAACUGGUUCGGAAAAUUUUAUGAUGUAAAAUACAUUAUCAAGAAGCACCAGAUGCAUGGAGGUUUGGAUAGAAUCGCAGAGUUUUUGGAUUUGAAAAAGGGAAGUAGGGUAACGCAUGACACGGAUCAGACAUUUUUUUGA